AUGGCGCCUGGGCUACUGAUCGAGGCAGGGUGCGGCCCCAGCCAUCCUUGCUGUGACCUUGAGAAAAUAUCAGAUGAUAUCGAUGCAGUCAACGAACUAAAAGCUGCUAUAAGCCAAACGAACGCACAGCCCAAGCUCUUCGGAGAUGACAAGGAUAAAUCCAAAUUUCGUCAAUACGAGGAAGCCGUCGACCGAGUCAAAUCUUUCUAUGAAGAGCAACACACGAAGCAAACAGUUGCAUAUAAUCUUCAAGCACGAAAAAGCUUUCAAUCCAAUACGAGGGCGGAAAUGAGUGUAUGGGACGCAAUCGCCAAAUUGGAUACAUUGAUCGAUGAAUCAGACCCGGAUACGUCGCUCUCCCAAAUACACCACUUGCUCCAAUCUGCGGAAGCGAUCCGUCGAGACGGGAAGCCAAGAUGGAUGCAACUGGUGGGCUUGAUCCACGACCUCGGCAAGCUUCUUUUCUUUUUUGGUGCGGAGGGCCAAUGGGAUGUUGUUGGGGAUACUUUCCCAGUGGGAUGUGCAUUUGACGAAGCAAUCAUAUACCCCGGGACUUUUAUCAACAAUCCAGAUUACACCCACGAACUAUAUAGCACUAAGUACGGAAUCUAUGAGCCCAACUGUGGAAUGGAUAAAGUUAUGCUAUCCUGGGGCCAUGAUGAAUAUCUCUUCAACGUGGUCAAAGAUCAAUCUACUAUUCCAAAAGAAGGUCUGGCCAUGAUUAGGUACCACUCUUUCUAUCCGUGGCAUACAGCUGGUGCAUAUGAGCACCUGAUGAACGAUGACGAUAAAGACAUGUUGGAGGCUGUUAGGGCUUUCAACCCUUACGAUCUCUACAGUAAAUCGGAUGAGAUGCCUAAUAUCGAUGAGCUGAAGCCCUACUACCUUGACCUCAUUGAUGAAUUCUUUCCUAAUAAGAUUAUUAAGUGGACAAUUACUCAACAUCCUGCAUUCCUCUGA